AUGAACACCCGGUGUAGACCUCAGGGUUUAAUUAAAGGCUCCCGCGCCCAGUACUUCUGGAACCCGACUGCCAGUCACAGAACAACCGGGCAGCCGGCCGCCAUUUUGGACACGGCGAAACCAGGGCGCAUGCGCGAUUACCUUGGUUGGGCUGCUGAUGCCACCCCCACCCGCACUGCCUUCCCGGCUGCUUCCAGUCUGGGCUUAUUGCUACCACUGCAGGCCCACGCAGUUUCCUUGGCCGUUUCCAGACAGCGCUUUGUCACUGCCACUGCUUAUUCUUACCUACGCUCUGGCCGGCCACGACCAAUGGCUCUGCUGAUCCUCACCUCUCCCCAAGAGGGUCCCAGUGUACUGACUGCGGAAAGAACACCUCGACAACAAGGUGAAACUGUGCUCGUGUCCUCUGUGGGCAAGGGAAUCACUUGUGGCGUAAACCUGGCGAGGCACAAGGUCAGUCGAAUCACGGAAAAACCGUGGAAAUGUGGGGAUUGCGGGAAGGGGUUCAAUUACCCGUCGCAGCUGGAAACGCAUCGGCGCAGCCACACGGGGGAGAGGCCCUUCAUCUGCUCCGUGUGCGGGAAGGGAUUCACUCAGCUGUGUAUGCUUCAGCGGCACCAGCGCGUUCACACCGGCGAGAGGCCGUUCACCUGCAUUGCCUGCGAGAAAGGGUUCACUCAGCUGUCCAACCUCCUGACUCACCACCGCAUCCACACCGGAGAGAGGCCCUUCACCUGCACCGAAUGUGGCAAGGGCUUUGCCAAGCUGACCAACCUGCUGACGCACCAUCGCAUCCACACCGAGGAGCGGCCGUUUAAGUGCAGCGACUGCGAGAAGAAGUUCAAGAGCAAGAACAACCUGCGGAUCCACCAGCGCACUCACACCGGGGAGAAGCCCUUCACCUGCUCGGUCUGCGGGAAGGGCUUCGCUCAGUCAUCCACCCUCAUGAAGCACCAGCGCGUCCACACGGGGGAGAGGCCGUUCACCUGCUCUGUGUGCGAGAAAGGAUUCUCACAGUCUUCCACCCUGCUGAAACACCAGCGGAUUCACAAGUGAGCGUCGAGGCGCUGGUGUAUCUCGUCCAGAAAGACUUUGUGGUACGUCUCCCACAUCUUCCCUUCCGAAACUUCCACUGCGUAUAAUUUGGCCGUCACAACGAUUCUGCAAGUUAAACACAUUCCACUGGGAUGUGUCCUCUAGUGGGGGAGCCUAGGACCAGUGGCCAUUACCUCAGAAUAGGCAAUAGCCUCAGAAUAAUAGAAUGUACACAUAGAAAGGAAAUGAGGAGGAAUUUCUUUAGCCAGACCGUGGUGAAUCUGUGGAAUUCAUUGCCACAGACGGUUACAGAGGCAAAGUCCAUGGAUAUUUUUAAGGCAAAGAUUAGUACAGGUGUCAGGGGUUAUGGGGAGAAGGCAGGAGAAUGGGGUUGAGGGAAAGGUAGAUCAGCCAUAUUUGAAUGACGGAGUAGACUUGAUGGGCCUAAUGGCCUAAUUAGGGCACAUGGUAUUCGGGGUAGAGUGCUGACAUGGAUAGAGAAGUGGUUGGCAGACAGGAAACUAAGAGAAGGGAUUAACGGGUCCCUUUCAGAAUGGCAGACAGUGACUAGUGGGGUAACGCAAGGCUCGGUGCUGGAACCACAGCUAUUGACAGUAUAGGGGAAAGGCAGGAAUGGGGUACUGAUUGGGGAUGAUCAGCCAUGAUCACAUUGAAUGGCGGUGCUGGCUCGAAGGGCUGAAUAGCCUACUCCUGCACCUAUUGUCUAUUGUCUAAACAAAAAUCUAUCCCUCUCUGCCGUAAAAAAAUCCAUUGACUGCCUCCAUAACAGUCUGUGGCAAUGAUUUCCACAUAUUCACCCCCGUCUGACUCAAGAAAUUCCAUCUCAUCCCGUUUCGAAAGCCUGAAGAAAAUUCUCUCGAAUCUGUCCAUUCCGUGCCCACUGAGUUACUCCAGCACUAAUUUUAGCCUAAUAUCUACAUGUUGUCUCACAGCAUUUGUUUGUACAUUGGAGUACCCAAAUUUACUUCAAGGGCAUCCUCCAUUCAUUGCUCCUCUGACCCUCGCAACAUUUGAUUCUCCUACCAUUCAAAUAUUUGCGAGAAUUUUGCACGUUCUGCCUCUUACUGUGUGGGUUUCCUCCGGGUGAUCUGGUUUCCUCCAACUUCCCAAACGUGUGGGUUUGUAGGUUAAUAAACCAUCCUCUAGCUAGAAAAAUUCCUCCUCCUCAUCUUCAUUCUAAAAGUACGUCCUUUUAUACUGCGGCUGUGCCCUCUGGUCCUAGACUCUUCCAUUACUGGAAACAUCCUUUGCAUGUCCAUUCUACUCAGGCCAUUCAUUAUUCAAUAUGCUUCAUUGAGAUCCACCCACAUCCCUCUAAAAUCUGCAGUCUCUUGUGUCUCCCUGGAAGCGCGUUAACCUGCUUCCUUUCUCUUGCAUGAGAGAACUGAAUAGAUCAUCGGUUGGUUGAAGGUGUCGCAAGCUGGGAGAUAACUGAAUAUUGUUCUUACCCUAGCUGUUCUUUUCCACUGCCUCCAUAAGUGUUGGGUGCAUUAAUUGAAAUCGGGAACUGUGGUUUAUUAGUGGAAGAAAUGGUUCAAACACAAUCACGUGCACAUUGUCUUACAAUGCGAAUUGCUGGAUUAAUUCUGUCCUGGUCAACUGGAAAAUCACUGGUGAACAAAAGAAUAAAAAUAAAUCCAUUUGUUUAGAUAAAAGGAUGCAGGGAGCCCAGUGAGCCUGUAACUGUUUAAAUUCUCUGAUGGAUAAAUGGUGUUUUACCUUGCACAGUCUAAAGAGAUUUGUUUAACAAUAAAGGCUUGUGAAUGCCAUAAAAAGUU